CGUGUGAGUUACGUUAGUCGGUCGUGGAGCAUCGAUCGUUGAAUUAGAAGUGCACGCGUCGAUCGGAUUCGAACGGCCGACCACGGAAACGAAGAAGAAGCAUCGUGGAUAGGAGGCAAAGGAAGAAAAAAGAAGAAAAAGAGAGAAGGGAGAAAGGAAGGAAGAAAAUCUCUUUCCGGUGGUUCAGGUUCGGUAACCAAGUUAGAAGGAAAUAAAGGAAGAGAUCGUUAGAUCGAUCAUUUACGAGGCGACGAGGAAAUCACAGUCGCGAAGCCGGAUCGCUGAGCGCGAUCGUUCGCUUGUGAAUCGGCAACGAAUCGGUGUUUGCGGUCAAUGAAGGCACGUAAGAGCCGCGAGAAAAGUAAGUCCAUCAAUCAUACAGGCCGACUGUAGUGCCGCUCGAGUUUCCUCUCCAAUAAUCGGUGCAGGCCAGUCGAUACGCCGUGGAAAGAGAUCCUCCUUGAGACGAAGGGAUUGACACAGCCCAGGCCCGAACGAAUCUUCCCCCUUUAUCGCGAAACCGUUCGUUGCGGUGUGUCAGUGCUAACAGCUGCCAAAGAUGCAACGGCAAGAGGGCGAACUUGAAGAACUCGGGGGCGUUUUAGGGGGUUCCACCGCCGGUGCCCUUGCCCUUGGCGGCAGGUACAAACCGGAGGAGCUUUCCACAUUGGCGGCCAACACCAGGUUCUCCAAGAAGGAGAUACAGCUUAUCUAUCGCGGAUUUAAGCAGGAAUGUCCUACAGGCCUCGUCGACGAGGAAGCGUUCAAGCAGAUCUUCUCACAGUUCUUCCCACAGGGAGAUGCCAGCCAGUACGCUCAUUACGUCUUCAACACCAUGAAGAGGAAACCGUCUGGGAAGAUAAGCUUCGAAGAAUUCCUGACCAUCUUGUCGAAAGUUUCGAGAGGAUCGGUGGAGGAAAAGCUUCAGUGGAUAUUUGGACUCUACGACCUGGACGGGGAUGGAUUGAUCAGUAAAGAAGAAAUGUUGGAUGUGGUUGGUUCAAUCUACGAGAUGUUGGGUCGUUACACCCAGCCGCAAAUAGUUGAGCCGCAUUUGGCUGCCCGAGAACACGUCGAUCGUAUUUUCCACUUAAUGGACGCAAACAAAGACGGCGUGGUGACAAUCGAGGAAUUGGUACAAUGGUGUUCCAAGGAUGAACAACUCUUGCGGAGUCUCGACACUCUCGACACUGUCUUAUGAGAUCUUUACGAUUAUUUUGUAACCUUCACUCAGCCCCCAAAUGUCACAAAUCCCCUGAAAAUUAUAACGCAACAUUCGUACGAGUUCCGCGGGUUGUUUCUAAAAUUUCGAUUCCAGCGUUUAAUAUCUGACAAUUCACGUGAGGAAUUAAGUAUCCGUCGGAAAUACUAACUCGAACUCACCGAA